UACCACGAAACGACCACCAAUGCCAGCUGCAGUGCGCACGCCGCAAAAGAUCCCUGGUGGGAUACAGUCGUACUACCAGGCGAAGAUAGAAGCGGCGGAGUUACUUAUUAACCAGAAGACGCAGAACUUGCGUCGUCUUGAAGCGCAACGAAAUGCAUUGAAUGCUCGAGUGAGACUGCUCAGGGAAGAGUUACAGCUGUUGCACGAGCCUGGAAGCUAUGUGGGAGAGGUAGUGAAGGUUAUGGGCAAGAAGAAAGUACUUGUCAAGGUUCAACCAGAGGGGAAAUACAUUGUGGAUUUCGAUUCCGAUAUCGAUGUUGCUUCGAUUACGCCUUCGUCGCGCGUAGCAUUGCGCUCCGACACAUACACGAUUCACAAGAUACUACCGAACAAGGUCGAUCCACUAGUUUCACUUAUGAUGGUCGAGAAGGUUCCGGACAGCACCUAUGAGAUGGUCGGAGGACUUGACAAGCAAAUCAAGGAGAUUAAAGAAGUCAUCGAGUUACCUGUCAAGCACCCGGAAUUAUUCGAGUCGCUUGGUAUUGCUCAACCCAAGGGUGUCCUUCUUUACGGACCCCCCGGAACCGGAAAGACGUUGCUAGCUCGUGCUGUUGCCCAUCAUACGGACUGCAAGUUCAUUCGUGUGUCGGGUUCCGAGCUUGUCCAGAAAUACAUUGGAGAAGGUAGUCGGAUGGUUCGGGAACUCUUCGUUAUGGCCAGAGAACACGCACCGAGUAUCAUUUUUAUGGAUGAAAUUGAUUCAAUCGGAAGUUCGCGAGGGGAGAGUGGAACAGGAGGCGGCGAUUCCGAGGUCCAACGGACCAUGCUGGAACUCCUUAACCAACUUGAUGGCUUCGAAGCGACAAAGAAUAUCAAAGUUAUUAUGGCCACAAAUCGAAUAGACAUUUUGGAUCCUGCACUCCUGCGGCCGGGUCGCAUUGAUAGAAAGAUCGAGUUCCCGCCACCGGGUCCUGAAGCGCGAGUCAGUAUCCUCCGCAUCCAUUCCCGAAAGAUGUCGUUGCAACGUGGCAUUGAUCUCAAAGCCCUUGCAGAAAAGAUGGGUCAAUGCUCUGGGGCGGAGGUGCGUGGUAUAUGCACAGAAGCCGGGAUGUACGCACUUCGUGAACGUCGGCAACACGUCACGCAGGAGGACUUUGAAUUCGCCAUUGCAAAAGUUCUCAAAAAGCACCAAGAGGGGAAUAUGUCGGUUAAUAAAUUGUUUUCCUGAUGCUAUCAUAGGUUUUGUAAUUUACGACACAUUCAACGAGCACAUGCUCGCUCACUAUCAGGCUGAACCUAUAAGUUAAGUGAGAUUUGCCGGUCGCAAACAUCGGGGGACUAUGGAUACUCCAUCCCCGGGUGCAGUCUUGUGAAAACUCAGUGGCAGCACGGUAGGAUCGUCAUGGCGUGACAACAGGUCACCGUGUCGCGUUCGUUCGAGUUUUCAGUGUCAAAUGUCCUCAGGCAAAUUAGGGUUGGAGCGUGCGCUU